CAUAAGUUUUUUGGGUGUUAAUGUGCACAAGGUGGUCACAUGUCCAUGGCAAGAUAACCUCCAAACAAAGUGCUGCAGCAAUCUAUAAAGUGAUCAUUAGUUGACAUUCUGAUUGUGAAGCCAAGGCCUAAGAAGCGAUAGAAAGUUGCUAGAAAAUAAACUGUCAGCUUCAGCCAUGGGAACUCCAAGUGAAAAAUCAUCUCUUUUAGAUCGAUUUGAUAUCAUCAAAUCUGAUUCUACUACAACUAAAAGUUAUCGAAUUGCAGAGCUCGUUUCGUUAAUAAUUGCAACCGUUGCUCUAGUAGUUGUGUUUAUUGUGAAUGGCCUUGCUGCCUCUCCAAUUGCAGCUGAAAAUGGUCUUGGAAAUGGCACCACUGCUGUCUCAAAUGAACAUUGCGUUGAAAUCACCCCUGCAGGAUGGGCCUUUUCAAUUUGGGGAGUAAUCUACACCUGGCAAGCCCUAUGGAUUGUGUAUGGCUGGUCUUUUGUGUUUCGUCCCUCUUUUCCACGAUCGAUUGUGUUCUUGACAUACAACUUCUAUACCAUUUCUAGCAUUUUCAACAUCAUUUGGACCUAUUUGUGGGGCAACGACUAUGCCCAAGUAGGAUAUCCUAUCAUUGCAUUGUUUUCAAUCGCUCUUUAUUCCACCAUCUCUGUGCAAGCUAUCUGGCUGUACAAGAUGACACCAACCCUCAUGACAACGAAAUAUUACAAGAUCGAUUUGUACAUCACAAGGUUCUUGGUUCUCAAUGGAAUUCUUGUCUAUACGACCUGGCUGACAGCUGCUACUGAGUUGAACUUUGCAAUUCUCUUGCAAGACUACAUUGGAUAUAGCAGCCAAACUGCUUCCACAGCAGCUCUCUCCGUCCUCACAGUCGUGAUUGUACUCUAUUUUGUCCUCGAGAACACUAUUCUUGAUAGAUUUCUACGCUUUGUGUUCAUUGUCUACCCGGUUCUGAUCUGGGCACUCUCGGCAAUUUUGUCUGCCCACUGGGAAACCGAUAGUGAUGAGUGUCUCCUGUUGGGGAAAAUAUCCGAACCUCCAAGUCGUGUGAAUCCAAGCUUCACUCUAGGAGUUCUUAUUCUUACAGUUGUGCUAUUUGCUGUUAGGAUUGUUCUGUGGGUUUUGUUUGCCCUUUUUAGGCCUUUAUUCAAAACUGGCAGCUAUGAAGUUGCUUAAAAAAACUGCUGUUUGACUCUUUUUAGAUUUUAGUUAUUUAGUUUUUCUGUGUUCUGGUUUUUUUUGUUGUAUAAUAGCUCGUGUGCUCGCAUACUACAUGACUGUACAUUGCUGCUGACAA